CUUGCGCGACGAGAUACCCCUCCUCGCGAAAUUUUACCGCUUUUAAAAGCAGCCGGUCCACACGUGCGAAUUGCAUUACCUUCUGGAGACUCCGCUGGGUAACGACUCCUCGUGUAACUGACUCGUAGAAAAAAAAGUAAAACUCAAACUUACACAAAAUGACGAAACUCACCGACAAACCCGCAUACAAAGUUGCUGACAUCUCGUUGGCCGAAUGGGGCAGGAAGGAAAUCACCAUGGCCGAGAACGAGAUGCCCGGACUCAUGGCCAUCCGCAAGAAGUACGGACCCCAGAAGAUCCUGAAGGGUGCCAAAAUCGCCGGCUGCCUGCACAUGACCGUGCAAACCGCCGUGCUCAUCGAGACUCUCACCGAGCUCGGUGCCGAGGUGCAAUGGUCUUCGUGCAACAUUUUCAGUACUCAAGAUCAUGCUGCUGCCGCCAUUGCCAAGACUGGAGUGCCAGUCUACGCAUGGAAGGGUGAAACCGACGAAGAAUACAUGUGGUGUAUCGAACAAACCUUGAUAUUCCCCGAUGGCAAACCAUUCAACUUGAUCCUCGACGAUGGUGGUGAUUUGACCAACUUGGUUCACAGUAAAUACCCAGAGUACCUGAAAGAAUGUAAAGGAAUCUCAGAGGAGACUACCACUGGUGUGCACAAUGCCUACCGUAUGCUCAAGGACGGAAAACUCAAAGUGCCAGUCAUUAAUGUCAAUGAUUCCGUUACCAAGAGCAAAUUUGACAAUUUGUAUGGAUGCAGAGAAUCUCUCAUCGAUGGUAUCAAGAGAGCAACUGACGUCAUGAUCGCUGGCAAAGUUUGCGUUGUUGCUGGUUAUGGUGAUGUUGGUAAAGGAUCUGCUCAAAGUUUGAGAGCCUUGGGUGGUAGAGUCAUUAUUACCGAAAUUGACCCUAUCAAUGCUCUUCAAGCAGCUAUGGAAGGUUAUGAGGUCACAACAAUGGAGGAGGCUUCUCACAAAGGUCAAAUUUAUGUCACAACAACUGGUUGCAAGGACAUCAUCACUGGUGAACACUUUGUAAAUAUGCCAAAUGAUGCUAUUGUCUGCAACAUUGGACACUUUGACUGUGAAAUUCAAGUAUCGUGGCUUGAGAAGAAUGCAGUUGAAAAGAUUAACAUCAAACCUCAAGUAGACAGAUACAGGCUGAGCAAUGGAAGACAUAUUAUCAUCCUUGCUGAAGGACGAUUGGUCAAUCUUGGAUGUGCUACUGGUCAUCCCAGCUUUGUCAUGAGCAACUCUUUCACCAAUCAGACUCUUGCCCAGAUCGAACUCUGGACUAAGGCUGAUUCUUAUACUCUGGGUGUUCAUAUGUUGCCCAAGAAAUUGGAUGAAGAGGUGGCUGCUUUGCAUCUCGAACAUUUGGGUGUUAAAUUGACCAAGCUUUCAAAUGAUCAAGCUGAGUACUUGGGUAUUCCACAAGAAGGACCAUUCAAGCCAGAUCAUUACAGAUAUUAAGUUCGCAUGAUGUGAAUUUAACUAGCAAUAUCUUAAUUGUUUUUGAGUUAUUUUUUGAGUCAGUUGAGAAUUUUGUACAAAAUCCGGGACGGUGUUUUUCCAAAACUAAUUUUCGUUUUUUUUAUAAAUAAAAAAAUUUAAUCUAAAAGAAGAA